GCGGCGGCGGCGGCGGCGUGCUGUGCGAGCGCGCGCGAAGGGGGCGGCAGCGAGGAGACUCCCGGUGCCACCGCGGCGGCCGAGCCACACGGGCGGCGGGCGCGGCGGGGCCGCAGCUGCCAGCGCCGCGGGGCCGCGAACAAAGACGAGCGGCGGAGGCGCGAGAGCAAAGUCUGAAAUGGAUGUUACAUGAAUCACUUUACGGGCUGUGCACAACUAUGAGCGUUCCAAAGCCGUUUUCUCAGUGAAGAAGAUCAAGAUGGAUGAGUCUGCCUUGUUGGACCUUCUGGAGUGCCCCGUGUGUCUAGAACGCCUGGAUGCUUCCGCUAAGGUCUUACCUUGCCAGCAUACAUUUUGCAAACGUUGUCUGCUGGGGAUUGUGGGUUCCCGGAAUGAACUCAGAUGUCCCGAGUGCAGGACUCUUGUAGGCUCUGGAGUUGAUGAGCUUCCCAGUAACAUCCUACUGGUCAGACUUCUGGAUGGCAUCAAGCAGAGGCCUUGGAAACCCGGCCCUGGUGGCGGAGGAGGGACCAACUGCACAAAUGCCCUGAGGGCUCAGGGCGGCACUGUGGCAAAUUGUGGCGCAAAAGAUCUGCAGAGCUCCCAGUGUGGACAGCAGCCCCGGGUGCAGGCGUGGAGCCCCCCAGUGAGGGGAAUACCUCAGUUACCAUGUGCCAAAGCAUUAUAUAACUACGAAGGGAAAGAGCCCGGAGACCUUAAGUUCAGCAAAGGCGACAUCAUCAUUUUGCGCAGACAAGUGGAUGAAAACUGGUACCACGGGGAAGUCAAUGGGGUCCACGGCUUUUUCCCCACCAACUUUGUGCAGAUCAUCAAACCCUUACCUCAGCCCCCGCCUCAGUGCAAAGCACUUUAUGACUUUGAAGUGAAAGACAAGGAAGCUGACAAAGAUUGCCUUCCAUUUGCAAAGGAUGACGUACUGACCGUGAUCCGCAGAGUGGAUGAGAACUGGGCUGAGGGAAUGUUGGCAGAUAAAAUAGGAAUAUUUCCAAUUUCCUAUGUUGAGUUUAACUCAGCUGCCAAGCAGCUGAUAGAGUGGGACAAGCCUCCCGUGCCAGGAGUAGACGCCGCAGAAUGCCCUUCGGCGACAGCGCAGAGCAGCGCUGCCUCGAAGCACUCCGACACCAAGAAGAACACCAGGAAGCGACACUCCUUCACCUCCCUCACCAUGGCCAACAAGUCUUCCCAGGCGUCCCAAAACCGCCACUCCAUGGAGAUCAGCCCACCCGUGCUCAUCAGCUCCAGCAACCCCACAGCCGCGGCCCGCAUUAGCGAACUGUCCGGGCUCUCCUGCAGCGCCCCGUCUCAGGUUCAUAUAAGCACCACUGGGUUAAUUGUGACCCCACCCCCUAGCAGCCCAGUGACAACUGGCCCUUCAUUCACGUUUCCGUCAGAUGUCCCCUACCAAGCUGCCCUUGGGACUAUGAAUCCUCCUCUUCCCCCACCCCCUCUUCUGGCUGCCAACGUCCUGGCCUCCACACCGUCAGGCGCUAGUGCUGCUGUUGCUGCUGCUGCUGCUGCUGCUGCUGCUGGAAUGGGACCCAGGCCUAUGGCGGGAUCCACUGACCAGACUGCACAUUUACGGCCUCAGACUCGCCCCAGUGUCUAUGUUGCUAUAUACCCAUACACUCCCCGGAAAGAAGACGAACUGGAGUUGAGGAAAGGGGAGAUGUUUUUGGUGUUUGAACGGUGCCAAGAUGGCUGGUACAAAGGGACGUCAAUGCACACCAGCAAGAUAGGUGUUUUCCCUGGCAACUAUGUGGCACCAGUCACAAGGGCGGUGACAAAUGCCUCCCAAGCUAAAGUCCCUGUGUCUAGUGCAGGUCAGGCAAGUCGCGGGGUGACCGUGGUCAGCCCUUCUACUGCGGGAGGGCCUAACCAGAAGCUCCAAGGAAAUGGUGUGGCUGGGAAUCCCAGUGUUGUCCCCACGGCUGUGGUGUCAGCAGCUCACAUCCAGACGAGUCCUCAGGCUAAGGUCCUGCUGCACAUGACUGGGCAAAUGACAGUCAACCAAGCCCGCAAUGCUGUGAGGACAGUUGCAGCACACAACCAGGAGCGCCCCACAGCAGCGGUGACGCCCAUCCAGGUCCAGAAUGCUGCCUGCCUUGGUCCUGCAUCUAUGGGCCUGCCUCAUCACUCACUGGCCUCCCAACCUCUGCCUCCAAUGGCAGGCCCUGCUGUGCAUGUUGCUGCAGUCGGCAUCAGUCGAACCAAUGCUCCCCUGGCCUGCUCUGCAGGGCCUUCUCUGGCCUCCCCAAACAUGGCCACCACAACUUUGGAGACUGAGCCCAGUGGUCGAACAGUGACCAUCCUCCCUGGACUGCCCACAUCUCCUGACAGUGCUGUGUCGGCAUGUGGGAACAGCUCAGCUGUGAAGCCAGACAAGGACGGCAAGAAGGAAAAAAAGGGUCUGCUGAAGCUGCUUUCUGGCGCCUCCACCAAACGCAAGCCCCGAAUCUCCCCUCCAGCGUCACCCACCCUGGACGUGGAACUGGGUGCCGGGGAGGUGCCCUUGCAGGGUGCAGUGGGUCCUGAGUUGCCGCUGGGGGGUGGCCAUGGCAGGGUGGGGGCAUGCCCCACUGAUGGGGAUGGCCCAGUAACCCCCGGGACAGCAGCCUUAGCCCAGGAUGCUUUCCAUCGCAAGACAAGCUCCCUGGACUCCGCAGUGCCCAUCGCGCCACCGCCUCGGCAGGCCUGCUCCUCCCUGGGUCCUGUCAUGAAUGAGGCCAGGCCUGUGGUUUGUGAAAGGCACAGGGUGGUGGUCUCCUAUCCUCCUCAGAGCGAGGCAGAACUUGAACUCAAAGAAGGAGACAUUGUGUUUGUUCAUAAGAAACGAGAGGAUGGCUGGUUCAAAGGCACGUUACAAAGAAAUGGGAAGACUGGCCUUUUCCCAGGGAGCUUUGUGGAGAACAUCUGAGGAGACUCAACACAGAGAAGGCUUAACAUCACAUCACAUGACUAAAGAGCACAAAGUCGUUUCACAGAAAGAGCACAUCUGUGGACUUCCAGACCUUCAAGAGCUGAGCAGAGGAUGGGCACAUGACUCCAGAGCCCCCGCCUGGUUACCCCAGUGGGCAGAGUGGAGGUGGUCCGCACCCAUGUGGAUUCUGUCACUCUGGGUUCUGAUGUGUAGUGUGCCUUGUACUGUCUAAUGAACUAUACAGAUAAAUGUCUUUUUUUUUUAAGAUCUAUAACUAAAAUGGACAAUUGUUUACAAGGCUUAACUAAUUUAUUUGCUUUUUUAAAACUUGAACUUUCUUGUAAUAGCAAAUUCUUUGGAUUAUGGUUUUUAAAAAAAUUUUAAUUUAUGAAAUGAUGGUUAAGGAGAAGCUGGGUUCUCUCCUGUCUGUUGAGCAAGAGAGUCUUUCUGACAUAGGAUUCAUCUCCCUGUCCCCUGCUCGAUGCCCUCCUCCCCGCAUUAUACUUUGCUUCUUUUAAACAACAAUGGCAGUUUCCUAGCAGACAACUGAAUCAAUACCAGUAAGGUCCUGGGGUGGGGAGACAGAGGCUCUGGCUAGAGGAGGUGUCUGCUUUGAUCAGAAACCAACCUGAAGACAUAGUCCUUGAUUUCACUUUGUGGGGUUGUUUUUCAUUUUCCUAGAAUGAAAUGGGUAAAAUAAGAAGGAAAAUAAAGCACAACCAUUGACUGAAAAUACAGACUUGUUUGCCAAUGCAAGCAGUCCGACACAUUGGUUAGGAAGUAAGAGGAACUGAGGUUGUAGUCAAUGCGUGUGAAGGCUUUGAAGUGUAAUUUCCAUUCUACCCCCCCAAGUGAUCUGCAUGCCCAAGACACAGUAAAAACAUUUGUGAGACAGUGGUUGUAAGAGAUGCACUUGUGUUGAAGUCAAAGGCUGUAAGAAACACUGUGAAAGUUUCCAUUCAUCCGUUGUGAUUCCUCGGCCAUCUUGCAUGUGCUACCAGAUCCCCACAGUGAUGAGGACUGUGCAUGCUGUGUAAUGUCAUUGCAGUUUUCCCUCCGAACUGACCGAUACAGGAGCUUUACAAACAGACGGCGUUCUUUCACCGCCACUACUGACCGACGUGUCUUAGGUGUGCUCGCUUCCUCUCUGGUGAAGGCGCAUGUCAGCCAGCACACCAGUGCUUAGUUAAAAUGCUCUUUCAUGUGUUUCCUCCCGGUGGACAGACGUGAAGGGAGAGUUUACCCAGGAGACCGCUCGCUCCUGUGACUGUGUUGAAGCUCUGCAAGGUAUGCUGGGAGUGGCUGUGCCCACACUCACAAUUGUGGCAGAGUCCGUCUGAGCCCAUCUUUUUAUAUCCUUCGUUUGAUGUCAGUAGGGUCAUCUUCCAAUGUCACCCCAGCCCUGGGUCUGGGUAGUCCUGAAAACAGAAAAGGCAGCAUGGUAGUGAAUGAGAUGGUUCUACAGUUCUCUUCUGGGUUAAGUUAAGGAAGGAAGUCAACAGCCAACCAACCUUUUCUUUUUUUUUUUUUUUUUUUGUUUUUCAACUUUAAGAAAAAAGUAGCUGGGAAAUAAUGACAUGAACUGAAGAAUCACGUAAUGGCAAGAUGUUCCAUUGUCUUAAAAAGAUACGUAAUGUGGUUAGAGAUGGAGUCAUUCCUGUUCACUUUUUAUAUAUAAAAACACUGUAUAUUAUGUUCCUUUGUGUUGAAUUUUUUUAAAAAAAAAUACUUUACUUGGAUAUUCAUGUAAUAUAUAAAGGUUUGGUGAAAUGAACUUUAGUUAGAAAAAAGCUGUCAUCAGCUUUCAUCUGUGUGAGUUGACACCAAUGUGUCAUAAUAUUCUUUAUUUUGGGAAAUUAGUGUAUUUUAUAGAAAUUUUAAAAAAGCAAAAAGACUACUACAAGUUAAGAUGAUUUUUUUUUUACCUGUCUUUUCUCCAUAUUUUCAGCUAUGUGAUCGAAGUAUCCCUGGUAAUAGCUUCCUGGUAUAAAGUUGGUUAAAAUCUCAUCUGUUGCUAGGUCAUUAGGUGAUAUAAUGUGUGGGUUUUAUUGGGGUUUUUUGGAGACAGUAGAUGGAUGUUGUAACAAGGGCUUGUUACACCGUGGUGGGAAUGAUAAAAUUACAAUUUAUCAUUCCUUUUAUGUUAACUUUGAGGACUGGAUAAAAAGUUUCAUUAUUAAAAAUUGAUGUUCAACCCUUCUA